UUUUUUUUUUUUUUUUUUGGUAGAUAAAAUUAUUUGCUUAAACUAGACUAAAAUGCGAAAAACAUCAGACUCGGCACUCAAAUCCUAUCCCCUUAGCUUUGAAAACCCACAGUCAACAGCAAUAUUUACCGACGAACCUGUACUUCACUAGUCCGAUAUGAAUGUACGAUAAUCGAACUCAAAGAUUCUAGAGUACUUUUGGAUGUUGAAUUGGUUAUAAUUGCAGAUAGCGUAACGCGUUCCAUCUGCCAUUUCAUAAUUGACCAUUUGUUAAGUACCUCUCCACGUGUCAUAUCUUCUGGUAAAAAGGGCUCAAAUCAAAACCCCGAUAAUGUGUCGUAUUUUAGAAAAGAAGCCAUCGAUUAAUUUGAAGAUGGUCUGUAAUGGAAUAUAAACUCCCAAUGUUGCAUAUGUUAUCCCAGUAUCGCUCGUACGGUGUACAAAGUUACAUUAUCAUAACCCGUAGUAUUUUUAUUAUUACACACAGAGGUGGAUCAUGGUGGCCGUGAAGCUGGUUCUUCUCAUGUCUCUGACGGCAGUGGCCUUAACGUUACCCACAGACAAGUCCAAAUCGCGCUCCGUUCACAAAAGAUCUCCAACGGUUGACAAACGCUCAGUUACCGAUAUGUUUGACAAAUUCGACCUAAAUAAAGACUCUCGGCUCGAGUUCCACGAAAUAGCCUACUUCUUCUUCGACAACUUCCACUUUUCAUUGGAGGACGCCGAAAGAUACGCCCAACAGCAGCUCAGCAAUUUCGACAUCAGUAAAGACGGAGUACUGGACAUUUGGGAAUUUUUGAAAGAUCCCCCCAGAACAGAUGCUAUGGACAAUGCGGAGAUGUACUAUUGAAGUACAGCUUACCCGUUCAACUCCAGCUGCAUUUCGAACCAAACGGAGACACAGAAGAAUUUAAAAAAAGUGUUUUUCUCCUUAAACCUGGACUAUAAUCUUGUAAACUUACCCUUAAACCUGGACUAUAAUCUUUAUAACUGAUAAAGUUUGUUUGACCUGAGGAAAAUUACAAAUAUUCUGUACAUUCAAUUACAACAAAAUUAACUUUAUUUUAAUGUAGAUAGAUUUUUUUGUAUUUAAUUGUACAUGCACUUGUAUAGAAUAUUUUCAAGGAGAUAAAUCGUUUCCAUGGUA